AUCAAUAUGACAUAUAUAUGGAUCACUAAGGUAUACACCAGUGACAUUAAGAAGAUUAGCUCAAAGUGGAAAGAAGCAUGGCUUCCAGUAUUGGUUUGAGCGAUUUAGUUCUUUGGAUGGUGAUCCUUCAUUUUCAUGGCAAUGGCUUAGCAGGAGGAAGAAGCAUAGCAAUGGAGGAGUAUUUUCAAAUGGAAACCUACACAAAGUUUCUUAACAGGCCAGCAAUUAAGAGCAUUGAGACUACAAAUGGAGAUAUUUUCGAGUGUGUUGAUAUCUACAAACAACCUGCAUUUGAUCACCCUCGGCUGAAAAAUCAUACAAUACAGAUGAGACCUAGCACUUAUCUGGGAGGGACCAAGAAUGAGGUUUCUGCAGUUAAAGUUCAAAAUAUAGAGCAAAAGAAUGGAGGUUGUCCACUUGGAACGGUUCCUAUACAUAGGGCUCGAAUAACAGAUAUACUAAUGAAGGGCUCUAUCCCAAAAUUUGGGAAGAACGACGGUGACCGCUUUCUACAUCAUUAUGCAACGAUGGAGUUGAAAGAAGUCCAAUCCAUCUAUGGAACUGCGGCAGGCCUAAAUGUGUGGAAACCAAAAGUUCAAAAUCACUCCCAACUCAGCAUUUCUCAAAUUUGGGUUACUGCAGGACCAGAUAAUGAACUUAACACUAUAGAAGCUGGAUGGAUGGUGUACCCAAAUCUCAAUGGUGAUGAUGAACCACGACUAUUUGUAUAUUGGACAGCAGAUGGUUAUAAGCAUGGCUGCUAUAACCUUCUGUGCAAAGGUUAUGUACAAGUGAGCCCAAAUGUGGCUCCCGGUUUUGCGAUCCAUCCGAUAUCUACUUAUAACGGAACCCAGUAUGCGAUAUAUCUCUCUAUAGUCAAAGACAUGAAAACAGGUAAUUGGUUGCUAUUAUGGGGAGAAGAUCAGUCUAAGUUGAUUGGUUACUGGCCCAAGGAACUUUUCAAUUACUUAGAAGACAAAGCUGAAGUUGUAAUGUGGGGAGGUGAAACUUAUGGUACAAACUCAUAUCCUGAAAUGGGUAGCGGCCAUUUCCCUGAAGAAGGAGCUGGAAGAGCAUGUUUUAUCUCCAAGAUUCGUGUUUUCGAUUACAAUCGGAUCCAGAGAAAUGUGGAUCCAGCUGAAACACUUACUCAUUAUGAUGUGCCUCAUUGUUAUAGAUCAAUUGUUGAUCGAUCCAUAGACCAUCAGACCUAUAUGUAUUUUGGGGGUCCUGGUGGUAAUUGUGUAACUCCAUCAUACCCUAAUUAACAAUAAACCAAAAAAAAAAAAACUUUUUUUGAGUAAUAAUACCAUGUACUUAUGAUCACUA